AUGGGAGUGGUGGGGCCCUCUAGUGUGGCAGAUGGACUGCCGUUGUUGCAUCUGAGUCCGUAUCUGUCUCCUCCUCUUCCCUUCAGUGCAGCAGUUGUGCGAUUGGUUGCCAUGCAGAUCCAGGCUUUAAAGGAUGACUUCCCACUCAGUCAUGUGAUCUCACCCUUCACCAAUCAGGAGAGACGGGAGGGGAUGCUGCUUAACCUCUUGAUUCCUUUUGUGUUGACUGUGGGCUCAGGAAGUAAAGACAGCUCUCUUCUAGAGCAGCCGGAGGUGUUUCUACUUCUGCAGACAGUUAUUAACAUCCUGUUACCUCCACGCAUCAUCAGCACCUCUCGCAGUAAGAACUUUGUGCUGGAUGCCUCUCCUGCCCACUGCUCCACCCCAGGAGACACCGGGAAGGACCUGCGGAGGGAAGGACUCGCCGAAUCCACCAGCCAGGCUGCUUACCUUGCUCUGAAGGUGGUCUUAGUGUGCUUUGAGCGACAGUUGGGUAAUCACUGGUACAAGUUGAGUCUGCAGGUCAAGGAAAUGGCCCUGCGUAAAGUUGGUGGCCUGGCUUUCUGGGAUUUCAUCGACUUCAUAGUGCGCACACGGAUUCCAAUCUUUAUUCUGCUGCGUCCCUUCAUUCAGUGCAAGCUGUUGACCCAGCCAGCAGAGUCUCAGGAGGAGAUCACAGCCCGUCAUCACAUCGCAGAGCAGCUGGAGCGUCGUUUCAUCCCACGCUCCCUCUGCAAGAGCUCCUUGUUUGCCGAAUUCAAUAACGAACUUAAAAUCUUGAAAGAGGCCGUGCACAGUGGAUCUGCAUACCAAGGCAAGACGUCCAUCAGUACCGUUGGCACAUCCACCUCGGCAUACAGGUUGAGUCUGGCCACCAUGUCCCGCUCCAACACUGGUACAGGAACGGUUUGGGAGCAGGAGAGCCAACCCUCACGACAGCCCUCGCAAGACACGCUUAGUCGUACCGAUGAAGAAGAAGAGGAAAAUGACUCCAUAAGCAUUCCCAGUGUGGUAAGUGAGCACGAGUCUUUCCUCCCCAGACUCAUUUCCCAGCGGCGCUUCUCCAGUCACGCCACGGGGUCCAUCGCCACUCAGCCUGAGCCAGGCAUGAGCACAAUGUUGCCCAGCCACAGUGAACCCAAUGUGCUAGAUGAAUCCCAGGGGCUUCUGGAGGAGGGUAACCUGUCUAGGGUUGCCAGUGUGCAGAGUGAACCAGGACAGCAAAAUCUGCUCAUCCAACCUCCGCUGGGCCGUAAGAGAGGACUUAGGCAGCUACGGCGCCCCCUGCUGUCCAUACAGAGGGUGCAAGAUGAGUCUGGAGGGCGUCAGGGAGCCAGACUCUCAACAACCAGGAGGAGCAUUCAACCCAAAAACAAACCAAUAGACAGGGCGUUAGCCCAUGGUGACCAAAAGAGGUUUGUCACUUUUACCGAGACCCAGCAGGAAGCGGCUGGUAGAUCACCCUCUGCCACACCCAGCCCUAAUAGUGGCCUGCCAGGUGGCACAGAGGUCGGAAGGCGGAGCCAUGAUGCAGGAGGACAGUCUCCCUUCGCCCGAUCAGACUCCUCAUCACCCAGCAUCAAAACUGCCCAGCACAGCCCAGUGUGGCCACAGCCUUUGGUCUAGUGGAUAUGGUGUGCU